AUGAAACUCCUAACGGCCAAAGCAACCGGCACCGAAUUCUAUCAAGUUCAGGCAACACUCAAUAGCAACAACACUGUCGACACAUUAACCGAAGUUCUCAAAGAAAUCGCCCAACCAAUGUGGUCUUUCAAACUCAUGCAAAAAGGAGAACAUUAUUCGAAAACUCAUUUCGAUAUUAUUCUAAAAUCAUGUGAAUUGACUAAUUUUAUAAAACGAGUGCGAUUUUUUCGAGAAUUAACAUCGACAUUCUUCAGACCUGAGAAAGGCAAUAUCACCUUAAAAUGUCCCAUGCCAAAAGGAACUUAUGUUAUGAAAAAUUUAUUCAUACCUCCGGAAUCGAGUUUUAUGAGAUUCUUUUUUGUACCCAAUACAAUACUGACGUUGCGAGGGGGAAUUUCGGAAAUGAAGUCCAACAGGAAAAUGGAGAAAUUGUCAACUUAUGAAUUUAAUGGAACUAUUUUGAGAACUUGUUAG